AUGGCCCACUUAAAGGACUACGUUAAAGGCACUUCCCCCGUGAUGCAUUUUCUGACCUACGCUGAUAACUACGCCACGGGGUGUUUCCAAAAACAAGGCUUUACCAAAGAGAUCACGCUUGACAGGUUCAUCUGGAUGGGCUACAUCAAGGAUUAUGAAGGCGGCACACUUAUGCAAUACUCUAUGCUUCCCCGAAUAUGGUAUCUCGAAGUUGGUCGUAUGCUUCUUAAGCAGAAGGAAACUGUUCUAGCUAAAAUGCGCCCCUUGAGCAAAAAUCACAUCAUACAUUUACCGCCUCAGCAAUGGGCUAACGGCGUUAUCACUCCGAUUGAUUCAUUCUCUAUUCCUGCCAUUCGAGCUACUCGGUGGUCUCCGGACAUGUGGUACAAGCUAGCACGGGAACCACGACAUGGGCCUCAUUUUAACGAACUUCGACGCUUUCUUAGCAAAAUUCAAGCUCACAAACAAGCAUGA